CACAACCCGAUCAUUGAAAUUAAAAAAACCAAAACCAGAGGAAGUCGUUUUAGGAACAAAUAAACCAUAAAUCAAAAUCAAAAACCAAAGGAACAAAUAAUCUGAGGAGAGACAGUCGUUUGAGGAAGAGCAUAUGUGAGGAGGGCAGAUCUGAGGAGAGGUAGUCGUCUUCUUCUUAUACCCUUUGUUUCUUCUUCCAGAAUUUUCUCUCUCUACCCCUCUGCAGCUGCUCCUGCUGUACGUAAGAUGCUUGAAUGAAGGGUGUCGCGAUUUGGCCAUGGAACUCGAACAAUCAUGCGGAGGACGAAGCAGCACUUCAAACAAUGGCAAAUGUGUAAAUACCAAUGACUUUUUUGACUUCGAAAGAUGGGGGCUCCGUGUUUUUUAAAGUGAAAUGUCGUUUGCUACAACUCUAGUGGUUGUCGAGAUUUUGCCUGGUUCAUUCAAGACGGAACGUGUACCCAAACACGCGAAGACCACAUUGCGGCCCGUUACGCCAAAACUCAACGGGGAAUGCAGGCCUGAAACGUGUGCCCAAACCCAGCCAUACACUUCGGAAAAAACCCAUUUUGUAAAAGUUUGGGAGAGGAGGGGACGCCUCCUCCUCUCCCCGCUCCAACGCCCCCUCUCCUCCCCCUUUUCUCUCCCCCGUCUCCUUCCCCUCUCCUUCUCUCCUUCUCUUCCUGCCUCCAUCUCCUCUUCCUUCUUUCUCAUCUCUCUCUCUCUCCUUCUCCCCCUUUCCUCUUCUUUGCCUCUUUUCUCCCUUCUUCUUUCCUCUUCUUUUCCUCCCAUGGGUUAGAUAUGUCAUUUCUUCAUCCAGAUCUGUUUUAUUUUUGUUUUGUGAGUUUGUGAUUUGAAUAAGGAUUUUGUAGGGAUUCUCUUCUCUGGAUUUUGAUCUCCUCCAGUUGUCGCGGAUCUUCGAUCAUCGACAUUUUUGGUGUUCCAAUGACAUUAAUUUAGAAUUUUAGUGAUGAGAUUCCAGAUCUGAAGGAGUUUGGUCUCUCUCGUUUGCAGGGUUGUCAAGAUCCGGUUGUAGAUCCAAGUUGUAAUCUGUGUUUUUUUUCGUUAGACAAUGAUUCAUCGGUGUCUGAUAUAAUCUGGUGUCGUCUAACAAUGUUUGGCGAUGUCCGAUUUAAUAUUUGUGUUUUAUUACUUUGUUAUUGUUUUUUUAAUCUUUAAGUUGUAUUCAACUUUUAUGGUAGACUCGAUACCUACGGGUUUUAGUUAUGAGUAACCUAAUACAACGAUCUCUAUCACCUUCUUUUAAAAAAAAUAAAAUAAAUAAGCGAGAAAACAAAUUAUCAAAUUGAGCAAUUAGGCAUGUUGUAUAGAACCCAAAAGAUUUCUAUAUUGGGGCUUCUCCAUUUUUGGUUUCGGUUUGGUCUGGGCUUCUCUUUUCUGAGUUUUUAUUGCUCCGGUUCUUGCUGGUUCAUGGGUGGCUAUUUGCUUGUAUAUCCUCUGUUUUCUUCUAAAUAAAAUCCACAUGUAUCUAUCAAAAAAAAAAUUGUUGAAGAGUGAGAAGGAGCAGAGGUGCUGGAGAAGACAAGGAAGAAAGGAAGGAAGCAAAGAUCUCCAGAUUGGAAAGAAAAGUCAAUUCAUUGGUGACCUUUAGAUGGAUUCGAGGGUCUACAAAGUGAACAGCUUAAUCCCAAACAUUUUACCAAAAAUGUUCAGCAAUAUGUGGGAAUGAUAUUUAUGUGAGACAGGUUUGACCAGUGAAAGUUGGAGAGCCAUAUAUUAUAUGCCGCUAUCAUUCUCAUGAUAGGGUCCUAUUGCAAUCUUUCUUCCACAAUCCAAGUCGUUGACGGUAGGUGAGAUGGCCGGCCAUCCACCCACCCUCAAGAAAGCAAAAGGACUCACAUGCUUUCUCUCUUUUAAAAAACCUCCCAUAGAGCUUAAAGAUGCAAUAAAGAACAUUGACUUACUGACACAAACUAAACUAGUCAAUAACUGGGUAGUUGAGGAAGGAGGGGCUUGCGCUGUCGCUUGGGCUGAGAUCUCUUUUAAGAACUUUCGCCGUUGCUGCUGCAGGGUAUCAAAGUUAAGCUGCAAUUCUGAUUGCGGUGAUAGAAAGGAACAAAGAUCUAUAAAUUAGCUCUCUUGGGCUGAGAGAAAUUCAGUGGAAGUUCUGAAAAUGAGUUCAUCAACUGCUCGCCAAAUCUCAGAAUGCUUCAUCAAACCCGUCCAUGUUUCAGAAGAAAUGAAGCAGCCAUUACAUCUGACACCAUGGGAUCUCAGCAUGCUCUCUGCUCACUAUAUCCAGAAGGGUAUUCUCUUUACCAAGCCACCAGAGGUAGAACAACAGGAGAAUUUCAUGGAGUCUUUCUUAGACAGGCUUAAGCAAUCUCUCUACCUCACUCUCCUUCAUUUCUACCCACUAGCCAGCCGUUUUGCCACAACAAGAAGUGAAAAUCCUCAUUCGCAUGUUGUCUUUGUGGACUGCAACAACAUUGCUGGAGCAAGAUUUAUUCAUGCAGCCCUGGACAUGAAGGUAUCUGACAUCCUUUCACCAAAUUAUGUACCAGUUGUUGUUCAAUCGUUUUUUGACCUUACCAAAUUGCUCAACUAUGAUGGCCACACCACGCCUUUGUUGUCCAUUCAAGUCACGGAGCUAAUAGAUGGCAUCUUCAUAGGGUGUUCCAUGAAUCACGCCAUUGCUGAUGGAACCUCUUUUUGGAAUUUUUUCAAUUUGUGGUCUGAAAUCUUUGAAGCAGGAGGAAAUUACGUUCCCAUAUCACACCCAUCUGUCUUCAAACCCUGGUUUAGUGAAGGUCAAGGUCCCAUGAUCAACCUUCCUUUUAAACAUCCUGAUGAGUUCAUCAGGCCAUAUGAAUCACCUGAACUUAAAGAGAGAAUCUUUCACUUCACAGCAGAAUCACUUGCCAAACUCAAAGCACAGGCCAAUGCACAGAGCAACACCAGCAAGAUUUCGUCCUUCCAGUCCGUGUCUGCUCUAUUCUGGAGGUCCAUUACCCGGAUACGAAAUCUCCCACCAAAUCAAAUAACCAGUUGCAGGUUGGCCGCCAAUAACAGAACCAGAUUGAAUCCGCCUUUGUCUCGGGAUUACUUUGGAAACUCGAUUAUUACUCUGAUAGGAGUGGCCACAGUAGGUGAACUGCUUGAACAUGAUCUUGGAUGGGCGGCAUGGAAAUUGCAUCAGGCUGUGGUUAACUACAAUGAUAAACACGUUCGCGAUUGGCUUGACAUGUGGCUGCAGUCUCCAUUCACUUACCAGCUAGAUCGUUUUUUCGAUCCAUGUAGUGUGAUGAUGGGGCACUCACCCAGGUUCAAUGUGUAUGGAAAUGGAUUUGGACUGGGAAAACCAGUGGCAGUUCGUAGUGGGUAUGCAAAUAAGUUCGACGGAAAAGCGACAUGUUACCCGGGACAAGAAGGGGGAGGAAGCAUUGAUUUGGAGGUCUGCCUCCUACCAAAUUCAAUGACUGCUCUUGAAUCCGAUGAGGAGUUCAUGACUGCUGCAUUUUUAUAACAUCAGCUGCACUAAUGGCAGCAAAAUUGUUCUAUCAGAAGACUAUCAUGUCACAUGUACUGUUUUCAAUAAUGAAAUUAUGGCCAGUAUCCAUUGAAUUC